UCCUCUUUCUCUCUCUCUCUCACUACUUAUAGAGCACGAGUCGUAAACUUUCCCAUUUUUCUUAACUAUCCAUUUUAUUUUUCUCCGUUGGUUUCAAAGGCUAUGGUUUUGGGUUUGAUUCUGGUUGGGUUCGGUCUCGGGGUUGUGGCGGUUGUUGCUGCGGAAGCUCUGGGGUUGUUGUGGAUCAUGAAACGGUUGCGUCACAAGAUCAACAGUGAUGAAGCCUGCUUCUCCUCCCAAACCCUUGCUACUCCACUGCUUGAUCCUCAACAGUCUCUGGAUUUCGCGUUUAGAAAGCAGGGUGUGGUUUGGGUUCUAGAAUCAGGGAAAAUUUCAAAUCUGUCAAGAGAGCGAAAAAGGAAGGAGAUCUUGGAGGUUUCCCCUGUUAAGAUGUAUGGACAAAUCAAGGGUCAGUCGCUUGUUCUGAGGGAACCUGAUGGUUUGCACACGACGAUUGAACUCAAGGGCUGUGCAGUUCAAGCUGUGUCAGCAUCGAUACUUUCUUCAAGAAAAUGGGCAAAGAAGUUCCCUAUCAAAGUGGAAAACCCAACAUCUGUAAUAUACAACGGAAGCAAAACUAUUUAUAUAUAUCUUGACACUUCAUGGGAGAAAGAAGCAUGGUGUAAGGCCCUCUAUCUGGCUUCAUGUGAUCGAAAGGAAAAAAUCAAAUGGUUUACCCAGUUGGAUGAAGAGUUUCAUAGUUAUCUGACAUCCUUGAAUUCUGUAUACCAUUCUUUGAUGAAACCACCUAUAGGAUCAAGUGUUGAGGUAAUAGAAAGGGCUAGCAAGCCUGAUGGUUCUUCUUCAAAGGUUCGUCAAUUUUUGAAAAAGGUUGCUAAAAGAACUUCCCGAGUUGGCUUGGAAAAUAUAUCAACGUGGACUUCACUGUCAGGUAAUGAAGGGAAAAAGAAUACCGAGAAGCUUCGUGCUUGUCAAGAUGUUAUUUUGGCUACUGGUUUGUUGAAGACUGCUUCAACAUCAAAGCAUCUUAAAAAUUCCAUGGUAGACGAUUCUCCACUAUUAUCUUCUAAGUCAUCUCAUUCAGGAAGCCAGAGUCUUCACUCUGUCAGCUCUGAUGCAGAUGCUGAUGAGAAGUUUGGUAUUGAUGAAGGAACUUUGUGCUGGAAUUUGUUGAUUUCCCGGCUCUUUUUUGAUGCCAAAGGAAAUGAGCAGUUGAAGAGAUCUAUGCUAGAAAGGAUUCAGAAAUCAUUGUCCAAUAUGAGAACUCCUAGUUAUAUUGGUGAAGUCAUCUGUAACAAUAUCAAUACUGGGAAUGUUCCACCUUGCAUUACAGGAAUGAGGGUUCUUCCUAUGGAAAUGCGCGAGGUAUGGGCUGUAGAGGUUGACAUUGAAUAUUCUGGAGGUGCACUAUUAGAGAUUGAAACAAGACUUGAGGUUCGUGAACUGGAGCUCCAGGCAGGGACCCUGGACUCAAAUCCAGAGACAAACAGUGCUGGAGAUGCCCCAUCAGAUCUUCUUGAAGGUUUUGAAUAUAUUGGAAAACAAUUUAAUUUUGCAGAAAGAACAAAUGAUUUACAAGAGCAAAAAGAAAAUGGUGAAAUGAACACGGAUGUUUCUAAGAGCUUUAAGAGCACCAUGUCUUCCCUAAAUCAAGGAUCAAGAUGGAAAUCUAUAUUAAAUUCUGUUGCCAAACAGGUUUCACAGGUUCCUCUCUCUUUGGCAAUAAGAGUGGCUUCCCUCAGAGGGACAUUGCGGUUGCAUAUAAAGCCACCUCCCUCUGAUCAAUUGUGGUAUGGUUUCACAUCAAUGCCAGAUAUCGAUUUCAACUUGGAGUCAUCUGUUGGAGAACAUAAGAUAACUAAUACACACUUUGCUUUAUUCCUAGUCAAUAGGCUAAAGACUGGAAUUCGGGAAACUUUAGUGCUCCCAAAUUGUGAAAGUGUAUGCAUCCCAUGGAUGUUAGCAGAAAAGGAUGAUUGGGUUCCUCGAACUGUUGCUCCAUUCAUAUGGAUUAACCAAGAAAUUGGAAACGAGACUUCCACUUCGAUUGAUACCAAUAAUCAACCUUAUGAAGAAGUGAAAGCUAGGUCGGAAGCUGGCGCAAGCACCUCAAAUAAUGAUCCAGAGCACAAACAACAAAAUCCCAGGAAUGUUGAAUCUUGUCAAGAAGCAACAAACAAAUCAUCAGAUUCUCUAGCAUUUCCAUUAAGUUCCUCUAAUUCAGUAACUCUAGAAAGCAGCAGUAGUUUGGAAGAACUGAAUACACCAUUGUUAGAGAAUGACAAACCUCAAAAAUCUACAGAUUUGAAAGAAUUUAGGACAUCAAUGGUACAGAAUGACAGACUACUCGAAACUACUGAACAAAAUAUGGAGAAUAAUUCUGAGUCCCAAUCACAACACGGUAGUGUGGUGAUGGAGAAACGAAAUCAUUCUAUUGAACAGGAAGAUGGGCUUCCAAAGAAAAUGGGGAGAAGGGAAAGAAUGCUUGAUUUGGGGAAGAAGAUGAGCGAGAAAUUGGAAGAGAAAAGGCGUCACAUUGAAGAAAAGAGCAGGCACAUUGUUGAAAAGAUGCGAGGACCAUGAGAAAUAUAAACCAGGUAAAUGACAGAAUGUAUAUGUUGUUUAUGAUCUGUUGAUGAUACGAAAGACGAGUACUAUCCAUGCAAAAGCAGAAUGUGUGGCAUCUGAUAUUGUUUCAUUAAAUGAGUUUUAUUUUUAUAUUUUCAGGCUGCUUAGACGAUCAAAAUCUUAAUAGAACUCUUAAAAUUUAGGUUUUGGUCUAAUUCAAACCCACAAAAACAUUAGAAAAUUCAUUUAAUGUCGAGUUCUAUAGAUUCAUGCUCA